AAGCAAAUAAGCAACGACUCUCUUCUUCCUCCUUCUCCCUCUCUCACCUAACCUCGCAAGCAAAAUAAGACAUCUUUCAAUUAGGUCCAAAAUGGCGUCAAAGAAGGCAAGAAAACAAAACAGAGCCGAGAAGAAACUCAAAAGAAACCAUUUCAAGAAACAACUUCCACAACACAAGAACACCGUCACAACUACAACACUCGAUCAUACUUCCCCAUCUACUAUCGUCUCUUCUUGUUCUUCCAUAACGACGUCGUUCUCUCCUCAAGAGACAAACUACUCUGCUCUCUCUUCUUCUCCGGCGGUGUUGGCGUCACCAGAUGAAAGUGGCGGCGGUUGUUGUACCCCGAAAGCUCAGAAGUGUCGGAUACCGGAGAUGCUGACGUGUCCACCAGCGCCGAAGAAGCAAAGAGUCUCACAUAACUGCGUGUUACGACGAAGGCAGCUCGUUUUCUUUGCUCCUCCGGAGAUAGAGCUCUUCUUCGUCAAAGCACACGAUCGAUGAACAGCUUUAAUUAAUAUUUGUAGUCUUGUGUUUUUUUGUUAUUGCUGAUAGGAUCAAUCGUUCGAUAGAGAAAGUAGUAUGAGGAGAAGAUAAUUAAAAGUUCAUCUCUUUGACUUUGUUAAUAUAGAAUAACGAAGGAUGUAUUACUAGGCCCUAUGUAUUACAAUGUUUUGUGUGAUGUUUUGUUUUUCUUGUUAUUUUUGGUUUGUUUUAACAUUUUGUUCCUUUGGCGCUUGUUUUUUGGAUUAAUUUGAAUGAAGUCGAUUUGAGUUU